GAAUGGCUGAUGAUUCGUUGUGGGCAUCAACCUCUACCCCAGUACCUGCACAUAUUCCUGCCAAGAGCCAACCAAAACUCCAAAGCGCUUGCCCUGACGGUCUCGCACGAAGUGAAACCCCAAAGGCGAAAGUUGAAUCUCAGCCUGAUCUCUCUGUGGCUCAACGAACUAGGGCCCUAUUUAACAUAAUUUCUCGUCCACCUCUUUUGUGUUCCCCCAGCUUCGGAAUUGAACUUCCUUUCGAAUCAAAUGUCAAGUUUAAGAAUACGGAUUUGGAUGAUGCUAACAAUGAGCUGAAGGAUCUUGCGUUUGGUGAUCUCUGCCUUCUUUCUAUUGAUGGCCUCUUGGAUUGCAUGUACGUUGCAAGGAACACUGUUGAACAUCUCUAUGACGAAUGCGAAGCACUGCAGGCGAAAGAGCGCUGCGAUAAAUUGGCAGCUACUCUUAAUGUCCUCGAUUUUUUUCUCAGCAGAGUUGAUCCGAUCCUGCGUAAAUUAAUCGUUCUUCGAGUUUCAAUAAAUGAUUUUACCUUGGGUGAUAUAAUUGGCCGCGGUGCUUGUGGCGUCGUUCGUGUUGUACACGAAAAAGCGCCCCCACACUCCGUUCUUGCUAUGAAAUCGCAGUUUAAAGGAUCCUGGCUUUUUCACGAUCCGGAGGGGGCUCAGCUUUUAUUAGAGCGUACUGUCUUGGCUCAAGCAACGAUGAUUGACAACCCAUGGCUGCCUCAUCUUCACUAUGCCUUUCAAGAUGAGACGCAGUUACAUUUGGUCAUGGACUACGAGCCCGGUGGCGAUAUGUACAUUUUCCUUAGCAAAGCUGCUCAUCUACUCGACUCGGAAAUGGUUCAAUUUUACGCCGCUGAAGUGGUUGAGGCCAUUCAUUCAUUGCACCAGAUGGGCUACAUUCACUGCGAUAUCAAGCCUGAGAACUUUGCUAUUGAACGCAGCGGUCAUCUGAAGCUAAUUGACUUUGGCUCGGCUAUUCGUUUGGAUUCCAAUGGAAAGGCAGGUUACUUUACACACUUCGCUCUUUUAUUCACUCCUCAUGCUGGAUUAAUAUUUUGUAGUGAGUACCUCAAUAUUGAACUCUUGACCCAACGCAAGCUAUGUGCAAAGGAUUCUCUUUGCGUUGGUCCCUCCUAUGACUAUUGGGCGAUUGGAGUUUUUAUCUACGAAAUGUAUUACACACAGACACCUUUCUAUGAUGAGGACGAUGAUAAGAUGAUGGAUAACAUUGUUAAUUUCAAGACCACACUGCAAUUCCCCGGUAAUGCUAACGUGCCUGACACCGCUAAGGACCUCAUACGCCAACUUAUCUGUGAUCCCAACGAGCGGCUAACUUACGAAGGCAUUGUUCGGCACCCUUUUUUCCAAGAUGUGGAUUUCGCAACUAUUAGAGAACGUGAGUUUCCAUACCUAUUUUUACUACGCCCCUAUUUAAUACCGCCAUCUACCAAAGCUAGCGAACACUUAACUGAUGCUCCUAACCAAUUACGUAUGCUUCCUUCCUUGGCCACAGAUACGCCGCCCUAUCUUCCACCAGUAGGUCAGCUUGACGACGUUGGUAACUUUUCCGGUGGCGAAGCUCGCGCUCGUGACGACGCUCUCCAUGAUAUUUCUAACUCCUUAACUCUUUCUCCCUCCCGCGGCCCUUGCCCACCUCCAUAUCGUGGCAAUCUCCUGCAGAGACUCUCCAAUCUUGAGAAUCUUGAUUCAAAGUCAGCAAAAGAGGUUCAGCGCAGAGCCAUUGUUGAGGCCGCCGCAGCGCCUCUUGUUGAAGAAGUGCAAGAGGUGGAAGAUAUUGCGUGGCAGGGGCCGGCUUAUGCCGCCGAUCUGCCCUUUGUCGGCUUCUCGUUCACACCUACCAUGCUCAUUGGCGAGUCACAAUGUCGUCAGAGGCAGCUUCGCGCUCUGAUUGACAGCUCGACUAUGGUGCAGAGUCGGUUAAGCAUUCUGGAAGCCUCGAAUAUUGGGGAGGAAGCCAUGGCGAAGAUUAUGGAAGUGAAGCGGCGCAAUCGAUUCUUGGAAAAGCAGAUCACUAUUCAAGAAGACGAGAUCAAGAACUUGCGGAGACGACUGCAGACAUCUGUCUUUGAGACCGAAAUCUUGACUGAUCUGGAUGGCGUCGAUACAAGCAAUAUGAAACAGCAGUCAGAGGAUGGACAAGAAGUAUUGAAACUAGAGGCGAGGGUGAACGCUCUGACCCUGGAUAAGGCCAAAUUGGUCGAGGAGUUGAGCGAGACACGCAAGUGUCUGUUGGACUUUAACAACCUCAAGGAUCUACUGAGUUCGGUUGAUAGAAAAGCUGUGGAUGAAGCGCAUGCCUUAAAAGUGAAACUCGAUCAGGCAGAUGAUGAGAGACGUCUUCUAUCUGAAGAGUUAACUCAAGUGAGACAACAGCUGGAGCGCCUUCGUAACUCUAACACGAAGUUGUUGGCAGAACGCGACGCGGCGAUCGCGCGAGCUGUGAAGGCGGAGGAGACUGCGGCCGCACAGGCGGACGAAGCAGAAGCGGCGAGAAUGGCAGCGAAUAACGAGGUUAUUCGGCUCACUACUACUACUGAGCAACAGGGCAAACUCAUUAAUCACCUUCUCAAUCUUCUGCCUGCUGAGCAGCGGCUAACUGUCAGUGGAAGGAGUGUUACCGAAUUGAUCAAUACCGUAGCUUUGCAAGCACCACCCUCUCAGCCUCCCAUUGAUCCGAUUCAGAGUGGAGUGUUCGUGCGCUCCCGAUCACGGUGGCUGGGAGGCCGAACCAAACCAUCAGCUGGUCACUCGGCUCUUUUCCUCAAAACUCGCAGCAUGUUGAAGGGAAAGAAGCCUGUUGCUAGUGGUGGACCACAUAAGUUCCUUAUUACCUCGUCUGGUGAUGCAACAGACGUCAAGAAGAGUGCGAUAUUCAAGUCUAUGAUCGGCCUAAGUUCAACCCUGCGCGAUCACGAAACCUAUAAUAAUCGCUUGCAUCCAUCUACUUCCCGGUCUCACGUACAGCCACCCAAGCGUCGCAUGGCCGCUUGGGUUCGUACUCUCUCUACCCUUCGUUCGAAAAAACAUCUUCAUAACGUCACCACGGAGACUAUCAAGGGUUCUUCUUCUCGCCUCCGAGAUUCCAACGUUUUCAGUGAGUGCGAUGCCGAUGCUGACACUGGAGGUGUCUAUAUGGGCGAUGAUGUAUCGUUAGAGUACCCUCCACUGGAGGCGGACUACGUUGUUUCUGACGUCGAUUAUAUGCGCGGCUCAGCCUCCACACUAUCCUCGGUUCGAUCCGCAAGUUUGCAGAGUCUGCCAGAGACAGUACGUCGCGCCAUGUGGUCAGAACAGUAUGUUGUGCCACAGGUACAAAAAUCUGGAACUGCAGCACGGGCCACGGGGCGGAAAUCCAAAGAACCUCAACCUUUUUUGCUGAAACAGAUUAGCCGAGUGCUGGGUAAAGGGAAGGCAAAGGCUGGAGAGGAGUAA